AUGGACCUGUCCAGUGGGAUCGAAUGCACCCUCAGCAAGUUAGUGGAUGAUGCCAAGCGGGGUGGUGCAUUUGACAUGCUGGAAGGAAUAGAUGCUGUCCAAAGAGACCUGUACAGGCUGGAGAGGUAUGCCAUCUCAGGAAUACAUUUGAAAUUUGGUCUAAGAAAUGGGGCUAAAAUAUUUUCCAAUUUAUCCCUGAAUGAGCGUUGCCUUUCAGCAUCAUUAGUCUGUAAAUAUUGGCGUGACCUCUGUUUAGAUUUUCAGUUUUGGAAGCAACUGGAUCUCAGUAGUCGUCAACAGGUCACUGAUGAACUGUUGGAAAAGAUAGCAUCAAGAAGCCAGAAUAUUACUGAAAUCAAUAUUUCCGAUUGCCGCAAUGUAUCUGAUACAGGAGUAUGCCUAUUAGCAAUUAAAUGUCCUGGACUCCUAAGGUAUACUGCCUACAGGUGUAAACAGCUUUCUGACACCUCUAUAAUUGCAGUUGCCUCUCAGUGUCCUCUUCUUCAGAAAGUGCAUGUAGGCAAUCAAGACAGACUCACUGAUGAAGGUCUAAAGCAGCUGGGUUCAAAAUGCAGAGAAUUGAAAGACAUUCAUUUUGGGCAAUGUUACAAGAUCUCAGAUGAAGGAAUGAUCAUUAUAGCUAAAGGCUGUCUGAAGUUGCAAAGAAUAUACAUGCAAGAAAACAAAUUA